AGGAGUACCCAAGAUAUGGAGUAUGAACGACGAGGUGGCCGUGGAGACAGGACUGGCCGAUAUGGUGCCUAUGAGUACUCCCAAGAUGAAGGAAUAGAAAGCCGAAGUCUGAGAGACCAUGACUAUCGGGACAUGGAUUACCGUUCUUACUUUAGUACCCAGGAACUCAAACAUGAUUAUGACUCAUCUGAGGAGCAGAGUGCAGAGGGUUCUUAUGAGGUUUCUUCAAUUUCUGAAACACUGCGCAAGCGGAAUAGUCCUAUAGAGCCACUUAGUUUCCCUGGAGAUUGUGGCUACCGGGACCAGGAUUAUCGGACAGAGCAAGGGGAGGAGGAAGAGAAGGCCAGUAACAUCAUCAUGCUGAGGAUGCUGCCACAGGCAGCUACUGAAAGUGACAUCCGAGUACAACUUCAGGCUCAUGGGAUCCAGGCUCGGGAAGUACGUCUGAUGCGAAACAAAUCAUCUGGUCAGAGCCGGGGCUUCGCCUUCGUUGAAUUUAAUCAUUUGCAGGAUGCUACACGAUGGAUGGAAACCAAUCAGCAUUCCCUCAACAUCUUGGGUCAGAAAGUUUCCAUGCACUACAGUGAUCCCAAGCCUAAAAUUAAUGAGGAUUGGCUUUGCAACAAGUGUGGAGUCCAGAAUUUCAAACGCCGGGAGAAGUGUUUCAAAUGUGGUGUGCCCAAGUUAGAGGCUGAACAGAAGCUACCAGUAGUUAUGCAGCUAGACCAGCAGGCAAUGUCUUUGGGUGGCAGGGAGCUGAGCCAAGGCCUGCUGCCUUUACCCCAGUCAUACCAGACCCAGAGUAUACUAGCUUCCCAGGUUCUGGCCCAGGGCUCUGAGCCUAAUUCUGAGAAUGCGAAUGACACCUUAAUCCUACGCAACCUGAAUCCUCACAGCACCAUGGAUUCAAUCUUAGGGGCUCUGGCACCCUAUGCUGUACUGUCCUCUUCCAAUGUUCGAGUUAUCAAAGACAAACAGACACAGCUGAAUCGAGGUUUUGCCUUCAUCCAGCUAUCUACCAUCGUGGAGGCUGCUCAACUUCUUCAGAUUCUCCAGGCUCUGCACCCCCCCCUCACUAUUGAUGGCAAGACAAUUAAUGUGGAAUUUGCCAAAGGCUCCAAGAGGGACAUAUCAUCCAAUGAUGGGAAUCGUAUCAAUGCUGCUUCUGUGGCCAGUACAGCAAUUGCUGCUGCCCAGUGGGCCAUCUCACAGACAUCUCAGGGCAGGGAAGGAAACUGGAUGGCUUCAGAAGAGCCAGUGGCUGACUACACCUACUAUCAGCAUGAAGAGAGUUAUUGUGGCCCGAGAAGUGAAGCUACCCUCCAUGGCCAUAGCAGCUACCUUAAAAGUGCCAAGACUUUGGGUAUAACAGGCAGCAAAGGGGACCUGGCUGAAAAAGGCUCUGAAACUUCCCUGGAACCUAGCAUACUUGGUGUAGAUUCUAUGCCACUCAUUCAUGCCUUCCACCAUGCCCAGUCUAAUGUUUAUCAACAACCAGGUACUGAGGUGGACAGUACCCCAUGCACAGCAGCCAAUAGCCAGGCCCAGUCAUACACUAUUGUGUCCCCUGCUAUUUUGAAGUCAGAGCUUCUGAGCUCUGAAUCAUCAUCUGUCACCAGCACCCCUGUUCAGGAUUCCUAUGGCCAGUACUCUGUCCCUGAUGUUUCCACCUACCAGUAUGAUGAGACUUCAGGCUAUUAUUAUGAUCUUCAGACUGGACUUUACUAUGACCCCAACUCUCAAUAUUAUUACAAUGCCCAGAGUCAGCAGUACUUGUACUGGGAUGGAGAAUGGCGUACCUAUGUGCCUGAUGUAGAGCAGGCAGCUGAGGGGCACAAGGAUACAGGGAUCAACUUGAAGGAGGGCAAAGAGAAGAAGGAGAAGCAUAAGACUAAGACUGCACAACAGAUUGCUAAGGACAUGGAACGUUGGGCCCGAAGCCUCAACAAGCAGAAGGAAAACUUUAAAAAUAGCUUCCAGCCUGUUAGUGCUCCAAGGGAGGAUGAGCAGCGUGAGUCAGCUACAGCUGAUGCUGGUUAUGCCAUCCUUGAGAAGAAGGGGGCACUGGCUGAGAGACAGCCUGCCACCAUGGAGCUCCCAAAGCUUACCAGCGAUGAGCAUGUGAGUCCACCACGAGGACUAGUGGCUGCAUACAGUGGGGAAAGUGACAGUGAAGAGGAACUUGAGCAGAAUCCUGAAAAGGAGGAGAGGCUCACAGACUGGCAGAAACUGGCUUGCCUUCUUUGCCGACGCCAGUUCCCUAGUAAGGAGGCCCUAAUCCGCCACCAGCAACUUUCUGGACUACACAAGCAAAACCUAGAGAUUCAUCGACGUGCCAACCUAUCUGAGAAUGAACUAGAGGCCUUGGAGAAGAAUGACAUGGAGAUGAAAUAUCGGGACCGAGCAGCAGAACGCCGUGAAAAAUAUGGCAUUCCUGAGCCUCCAGACCCUAAAAAAAGAAAAUUUGGAACCAUGACUGCCACUUCCAUGGGCCUUGAACAGUCAGCUCAGGAGGGGCUGAGUAGUAACAACAUUGGUAAUCGCAUGCUGCAAGCCAUGGGAUGGAAGGAAGGCAGUGGGCUAGGCCGUAAGAAACAGGGUAUCAUCACCCCCAUUGAGGCCCAGACAAGGGUGAGAGGCUCUGGCCUAGGUUCUCGGGGCAGGUCCUACAACAUCGCCUCAUCUGAGUCAUACAAGGGAACUCUGCACAAGACCAUGCUGACUCGCUUCAGUGAGGCUGAGUGA